CACCAGCAGAGGAAUCCAAGGUGAAAGAAGAUGUCAAAGAACCAGAUGUAUCAGAAGAACUGGAUACAAAACCUUCUCUCAGUAAUACAUCAAGAAAAAUGGAAGACAUCCCAAAAGAAUGUGAAAAUGUUUCUUCUUUGGUGGCAUUUGAAAAUCUCAAGGAAAAUGUGACUGACAUGAUGUUAACCUUACUAGUGGAGAACAUAAGUGGCCUGACCAGUGAUAACUUUCAGGUGGAAGUCAUACGAGAGAUUGAUGUUGCUGUGGUUACCUUUCAAAAACAUACUGAUACCAUGAAGUUUGUUGAUGAUUGUACCAGGCACCAUUCAAUUAAAAAACUUCAGAUUUCUCCAAGACUUCUAGAAAUAACAAAAACAAUCAAGGUUGAAAACCUGCCACCUAGUGUUGAUGACUACCAGUUACAGCUUUUCUUUGAAAAUCCUUUUAAUGGAGGAGGAAGAGUUGCCAGUGUUGAAUGUUUUCCUGAAGAGAGUUCGGCUCUGGUUGAAUUUUGUGACAGAAAAGUUUGGAACACCGUCAUCAAAAAGAAACAUAACUUCAAUAAGAUGCCGCUCUCUGUCUUCCCCUACUACCCCUCUUUGGGCACAGCCUUGUAUGGCAAGGAGAAGCCUCUGAUCAAUCUCCCAGAACCAUUCCAAGAGUCACUGGAUCCUGCCUUGUGGAAGUUCUUUCAGAAAGUGAAUCCUCUGAUUGAGGAGAUAAAUGAUGAAAUGAGAGGUUGUCACUGUGAGCUAACCUGGUCCCAAGUCAACAGUAUGGUGACCAUCAGACCUGCAGCCACCCUAGUCAAUCAAAAAAGGCCGAUGAUCAAGACCUGGCAGAAAGAUGCAUCCACAGCACUCUCUGGCAUCAGGUCUAAAUAUAAAGUGACCUCAUUUAAAGUGGACCCAGUAGUGUGGGAUGCCAUAAAAUAUGACUUAGAAGAUGAUAGCAUUUUGAUUGAGUUUGAUACACUUAAGGAGAUUAUUACCUUAGCAGGAAAAUCAGAAGAUGUCCAAAAUAUUGACCUGAAAAUUAAGGAAUUAAUAAAAAGCACCAUGCAAAAAAUUAGAAAGGAAGAGGAAAGUCUGGAGGAAAAGGUGUGCAUCUCUCCAGGAAAGUAUUUUCUUUUGCAACACAGAGGCGUCCUGGAGCAUCUAUGCACAGAGUGCCCAGAGAUGGAAAUUUCUUAUACUGAAGCCACUCGGUUCCUACAUUUGAAAGGCCCCCGUGCAGAUGUGUAUAAAAUAAAGUGUGAAAUCCAGGCAAAGGUGUUUGCCAUGGAUCAGAAAAACAUUCAGGUUUCUCUUGAGGUCUUCAACUUUUUACAGCAGGUAGACUGUAAGGAAUUGUCUAAGCUUCUUUUUAUAGAGAAGAAGAUUCUUGCAACUUAUGAGCUAAAGGGUAAAAGUGUUGUAUUAACCAGCUUUUCUUUUGAAGACCUGGUACAAGCUGAGAAGCAAAUGCUCAGUGCCUUAAAUUAUAAGCGCAUUGAAGUUGAGGACAAGGAAGUUCUCAACAGCAAUAAGUGGAAAAAGGAAAUUCAUGGCUUGCAAAAGAAACACAAUUCCUUCAUAAACAUUGUGGUAACCAAUGAAUUAGCUGCAGGAACUCCGGCUGCGGUGACCAUCACAGGCUGCAUGAGAGAAGUCACUGAAAUCCACAGCUUGCUUUUUGACUUCUUGGAAAAAAACAUGAAAAUGGAGAGAUUGAUUGAGGUGACGCCAACCUUGCUUAUGCACUAUUUAAAGGCAAACAAGAAGGACAUCUUGUCAAAAAUAAAGAAAGUAAAUGUGCAGAUAACUUUCAAGCCUGACAACAAACAAAAAGGCAUUUUGCUAGUUGGCUCCAAGUGUGAAGUGCUGGAAGGUGCCAGCAUCAUUGAGAAAGUGCGGGAUUCAGUCUGUCUUAAAACAUUCCAAAUUGAUAAGCCAGGAGCCAGGCAAUUCUUCCAGGAUAAAGCAAGGUAUUACAAAGGGGAGGUCAAACGGUUGUAUGGCUGCUUCAUUGACCUCCAGGAGAAUGAAGAGCGAGGGGGCAGCGCUGACGGGCACAAGUGCUUCUGUAAGAGGGAUCUGGCCCCUGGCAUCACGCUGAUUGCACAACAGGGUGACUUGACUCAGUUUCCCGUCGAUGUGGUGGUGAAUGCUGCGAAUGAACUUAAGCAUAGUGGUGGUCUUGCUGCUGCUCUCUUAAAAGCAGCUGGCCCAGAGCUGCAAACAGAAUGUGAUCAGAUAGUGAGUAUAGAAGGCAGGCUUCUACCUGGCAAUGUCACCAUCUCGAAAGCAGGAAAGCUCACUUGCCACCGUGUGAUCCAUGCAGUAGCGCCACGAUGGAAGGCAGACGAGGCUCCCAGGUGUGUGUAUCUGUUAAAGAGAGCUGUGGAUAUGAGCCUCCGUUUAGCUGAGAAAUACAAGUACCGGUCCAUAGCCAUCCCAGCUAUUAGUUCUGGAGUCUUUGGCUUUCCCUUAUACCAGUGUACAGAGACCAUUGUUUCAUCCAUCAAGGAAAACUUCCAAUAUAAGCCGGAUGGACGCACCUUGAAAGAGAUUUACCUUGUGGACCCAUCUGAGAAGACUACUGCAGCCUUUGUUGAAGCUAUGAAAACUAUAUUUAAAGAUACCAGACCCAACAGAGCCUCCAAGUCCAAGACCGAAUCCCUGUCCAACACUGCCUCCCAUCACCGUUUCACAGUAGCAGCCAAACCUGUACAAAUAUCAAAGAAACCUUCAUGUUUGGUGUCCCCAGAAGGACUGAGGAUAAUGUUGGUGACAGCAGGUGUGCAGAAUGCUAUGACCCAGGUCAUUGUCAAUUCUGUACCCUUGGAUCUUGGGCUCCAAGGAGGGCCCCUUUCUCAGGCCCUCUUGGAAAAAGCUGGGCCAAAGCUCCAGAAGGAGUUGGACGCCGCUGGACAAGGAGUCACUGUCAAUGUGGGCACAAUUCUCCAAACCAACGGUUGUAACCUGCACUGCAGUCAUGUGCUUCAUGUGGUGGCUCCAAUUUGGGGAAAUGACAGCACAUCUUCACGACAGAUCAUGGAAGACAUAAUCAGAGGCUGUUUGGAGAUCACUGAGAAAUUAUCUUUACAAUCAAUUGGGUUUCCAGCAAUAGGAACAGGAAAUUUGGGAUUUCCUAAGCCUUUAUUUGCUGAAUUAAUCAUUUCAGAAGUGUUGAAAUUUAGCAGCAAGAAUCAACUGAAAUCUUUACAAGAGGUUCAAUUUCUGGUGCACCCAAAAGAUCAUGAAAAUAUCCAGGCAUUUUCAGAUGAAUUUUCCAGAAGGAAAAAUGGAAAUCUUAGUGACAAAAUUCCUAAGGCUGAAGAUACACAAGGUCUCUGUGGGGCUGUUUCUAGCCCUGCUUCAGGAGAACAUGAAAUGAAGAUUGGCCCUAUCCUGUUUCAGGUGGCCUCUGGAGAUAUCACCAAAGAAGCAGCAGAUGUAAUUGUAAAUUCAACAUCAAAUACAUUUAACCUCAAAUCAGGAGUCUCCAAAGCGAUUUUAGAAGGUGCAGGACAAAAUGUGGAAAUGGAAUGUGCUCGGCUGGCUCAUCAGGGCAACAAUGAGUAUAUAGUUACUGAAGGUGGAUCACUGAAGUGCAAGAAUAUUAUUCAUGUUCAUGGUGGGAAUAAUGUCAAGAAAUCUGUUUCCUGUGUGUUGCAAGAAUGUGAAAAACGGAAUUACUCAUCCAUUUGCCUCCCAGCUAUUGGGACAGGAAAUGCCAGAAAAGGCCCAGAUAAGGUUGCUGAAGCCAUAAUUGAUGCCAUUGAAGAAUUUAUCCAGGAAGGAUCAGUCCAGUCUGUUAAAAAAGUUAAAGUUGUUAUCUUUCAGCCCCAAUUACUGGAUGUGUUUUAUUCCAUCAUGAAAAAAAAAGAAGGGUCUCAGCCUCCUCCCCAACCAUCUGUGGUGUCUAAAAUUAUCUCCCUUUUGAACUUUUCAAGGCCAUCACCCAAAAACCAGAAUCCCUCGGUUUUGGAAAAGAAAACAGAAGUGACAACUUUCCAGGUGUGUGGUGAAGAUGUAAACUGUGUUGACAACACUAUCUCCUGGGUACAGGAGCUGAUUAAAAAAGAGCACUGUCCUUACACUACUGAUAAUGAGUGUAUCAAAGACUUUGAUGAAAAGGAGUAUAAAGAACUGAAUGAGCUGCAGAAGAGGUUAAAUAUUACCAUUUCCCUGGACAAGAAGAAACCUUUGAUUGAGGUUUGGGGACUUAGCAGAAAUGUGAUGCAAGCUAGAGAUGAAAUCGAGGAAAUGAUCAAGAGUGCUAGACUGGCCAAAGAAAAGGAAAACCGAGCAGAUUGUAUCAGUGAGUUUAUAGAAUGGCAAUAUAAUGACAAUAACACUUUUCAUCAUUUUGACAAAAUAACCAGUCUGCAAUUAGAAGAUGCAAGGAGAGCAAAGGACAAGAGCACUGUGGUCAAAAUUAAUAAUCAGGACUACACAGUGAACUUGAGCACAUACACUGCCACAGGUCCAAAUGGACACAGCUUAACUAUUCAGCGCCUAACAAAAUCUGAAGCUGAAUUCCCUGCACACUGGAGUGACAUGAAGCAGCAGAAUUUGUGUGUGGUCCAGCUGCACCCUGCUGAUCCAGAAUACAACACUGUGGCUAGCAAAUUUAAAGAGACCUGCUCAUCCUUUGUCAUAGAGAAGAUUGAAAGGAUCCAGAAUCCAGAUCUCUGGAAUAGCUACCAAGCAAAGAAAAAAACCAUGGAUGCCAAGAAUGGCCACAAAAUGAAUGAGAAGCAACUCUUCCAUGGGACAGAUGCUGGCUCAGUGCCACAUGUUAAUAAAAAUGGCUUCAACCGCAGCUAUGCUGGAAAGAACGCUGUGUGUUAUGGAAAGGGAACCUAUUUUGCUGUAAACGCCAAUUAUUCUGCCAGUGACACAUACUCCCGACCAGAUGUAAAUGGGAAAAAGCAUAUGUAUUACGUACGUGUGCUCACUGGAGAAUAUGAAUGUGGACAUCAGUCAUACAUUGUGCCUCCUGCAAAGGACCCUCAAAAUCCUACUGACCUCUAUGACACUGUCACAGACAAUAAGCAAAAUCCUAGUUUAUUUGUGGUAUUUUAUGACUACCAAGCAUACCCAGAAUACCUCAUUACUUUUAGACGCUAA